AGAAAGACAUCGAUAAAGUCGUACCUUUAUCAUAUACAAGAAAAUAAUAUCGACGAAAGAAUAAUGGCAGGAAUCUGCAAUAUUCUGUGUAUACUCGUAAUUACUGUGUUUACCAUCGUAACCGCAGUAGAUUACUGCAACAUGAAAUCAUGUAGCAAGAAAGGAAGUCAUACUAUGUGCAAAUAUUCCUCAAAACCAGCGAAAGAAUGUGGAGAAUCACCUCUUCCUGGCCUUAGUGAUGCUGAAAAAAAGAGUAUAUUAAAUAGACAUAAUGAACUGAGACAGAGAGUUGCAUCAGGUAAUGAAAAGAGAGGAAAACCAGGUCCGCAACCAAAGGCGGUUAGCAUGCCAAACCUGGUUUGGGAUAAAGAACUAGAGCAGAUUUGCCAAACAUGGGUCAAUCAAUGCGUAUUCGGUCAUGACGAAUGCAGAAAUGUAGAUAGAUUUACAGUUGGUCAGAACAUGGCCCAGACAUCUUACUCGGGAAAAAAUACAGCCACAGUGGUCAGUAUGGUUGAUAUGUGGUACAAUGAAGUAAAUGAUUUUAAUAAUACUGAAGUUGAAAAAUAUAGAUUUGAUACAAAGACAGGUCACUAUACCCAAAUAAUCUGGGCUAAUUCAUUGGGUCUUGGUUGUGCACAAAUGCAAUAUAAGAAACCAAAUGGCUGGAAUGUGAAAAACUUAUGUUGCAACUACGGUCCACACGGAAAUAUGCAAGGUUCAAAAAUAUAUGCAAUUAAAAAGUAAAUUCGAUUGAUAGAUUAAAAAUGUAGUUAAAAAAUAGCGAUAUAUGGA